GUUAUCCACUUGACUCCCAUCUAGGAAGGUCCUCGGAUUGACCUCAUCCACCGGGCAUGCUCCGCAGUGGGGACAUCCUGUCUUUUCUUUUGUCGGAGUCCGAGCGUGUUUUGUCCGUGGCAUCGAUGGCAUUGACAACUCCGGGACAUAUAGAGCACUGGCCUCGCACAUUGCCCAUCUGCAGGGAAUUCUCUUGCUCAUCAUUUCUGGAGUGAAAAUACCUGUCUAGCAAGUUGCUUCGAGGCUGGACCUGCAACCAAUCUAUAAUCAUGCCCACUUUCAGAAACGAUACGGUCAAAGUCCCAGAGCCGCAGGUCUCCUCGUUGGCUUCCUCGAUAAAUCAUGACUCGGAGAAAGAUUCAAUCUCGCCAGACCCUUCCACAUGUGAGGGUCAACCGUCCGAGCCACUGGUGCAUCAUAUCUUCACUCGAUCUCGCAAACUGCAGAUGGUAUGCAUCGUCUCCAUGGCUGCCAUCUUUUCUCCACUAUCCUCCAAUAUUUACUUCCCCGCACUGGACGAUGUGUCACAAUCACUCAAUGUCAGCAUGACGCUGGCGACUCUCACCAUCACGAUAUAUAUGAUUGUUCAAGGUCUCGCGCCAACCUUUUGGGGCUCGCUUUCAGAUGCUACAGGGCGACGGCCUGUGUUCAUUGGCACCUUUGUUGUCUACUUAGUAGCAAACAUCGCACUUGCGGAAUCCAAGUAUUAUGGUGAGCUCAUGGCAUUUCGUGCCUUGCAGGCUGCUGGUAGCGCGGCCACUAUCUCAAUCGGAGCUGGGGUUAUUGGCGACAUCACCACUUCGGCAGAGCGGGGUAGCUUGGUGGGCAUCUUCGGUGGAGUCCGCAUGCUUGGACAAGGCAUCGGCCCAGUCUUCGGUGGUCUGUUGACUCAAUACCUGGGGUAUAGGUCCAUCUUCUGGUUCCUAACUAUUCUCGGAGGCGUGAGUCUUGUUUCAACCUUGGUCCUGCUCCCAGAAACGCUGCGCCCUAUAGCUGGCAAUGGCACUGUGAAGCUUCACGGCCUACACAAGCCUUUUCUGUAUCAGUUCACGAGCCAGCCCGGUGUUAUCGAGGGUGCAGAGCCGGAAGCAAAGAAGGCGAAGGUGACUUGGAGGACUGUUUGUGCCCCGUUGAAGUUUCUGGCCGAAAAGGAUGUCUUCAUCACUCUCUUCUUCGGAAGCAUUGUGUAUACUGUAUGGAGUAUGGUGACAUCGAGCACUACAGAUCUUUUCAGCGAGGUCUACGGCUUGUCAUCACUUGAGAUCGGACUGACAUUCUUGGGCAACGGUUUCGGAUGCAUGUCAGGGUCCUACCUAGUUGGGUAUUUGAUGGACUAUAACCAUCGUUUGACGGAGCGCGAAUAUUGCGAGAAGCAUGGAUACCCGGCGGGUACACGAGUCAAUCUCAAAUCACAUUCAGAUUUCCCCAUUGAGGUUGCUCGGAUGCGAAACACCUGGUGGAUAACGGGGAUCUUCAUCGUGACCACAGCGGUCUAUGGCGUGUCUCUCCGCACUCAUGUCGCCGUUCCCAUUAUUUUGCAGUACUUCAUCGCCUUCUGCGCGACAGGAAUCUUCACCAUCAACAGCGCGUUGGUCAUUGAUCUUUAUCCCGGAGCUAGCGCCAGCGCAACAGCGGUCAACAACCUGAUGCGGUGUUUGGUUGGGGCUGCAGGCGUGGCGGCUGUACAACCCAUUCUGGAAGCGCUGGGGGCAGACUAUACAUUUGUCCUGCUUGCUGGUAUCACAUUGGUGAUGGUUCCAUUGUUGUGGAUCGAAGAUCGAUGGGGCCCUGGUUGGCGGCAGGCCCGGGAGCAAAGACUGAAGGCACAGAAAGAGUAGACAGGUCAGGUCGAAGGACAUCUAUC